AUGCUUGAAUUCAACUCCACUGCCUUCACCAAUCCCAGUACCUUCAUCCUGAUGGGCAUACCUGGUCUAGAAGACAUGCAUGUUUGGAUAUCUAUCCCUUUCUGCUCAAUGUAUGUUGUUGCCCUCAUGGGAAACAUAGUCAUCCUUUUUAUCAUCAAAACUGAGACUGCUCUCCACGAACCCAUGUUUUAUUUUCUUUCCAUGUUGGCCAUCACAGACCUCAUCUUGUCUACCUCCACUCUUCCCAAGAUGUUGGGUGUAUUCUGGUUCAAUUACCGUGAAAUCAACUUCCAUGCCUGCCUCACUCAGAUGUUUUUCAUCCAUGCUUUCUCUGGGGUGGAGUCUGGGCUUCUUGUGGCCAUGGCCCUUGACCGGUAUGUGGCGAUCUGCAAUCCUCUAAGACACUCAUCCAUUCUAACAAACUCUGUGGUGGCUCAGGUUGGCAUAGUGGCACUUCUGCGUGGGUUAGUUCUAAUGACACCGCACCCCUUUCUGGUAAGGAGGUGGCCAUAUUGCCGCACCAAUAUUGUCCCCCAUACGUACUGUGAGCAUAUGGCUGUGGUGAAAUUGGCUUGUGCUGACAUUUCCAUCAAUAGUCUUUAUAGUUUGGCUGUCAUUGUCUUGAUUGUUGGGACCGAUGUGGCAUGCAUCUCUCUGUCCUAUGUACAGAUACUCCGUACUGUAUUCAAUCUCCCUUCUAAAGAUGCCAGGUUGAAGACGCUCAGCACUUGUGGGUCCCAUGUUUGUGUCAUCCUCACUUUCUACGUUCCUGCCCUUUUCUCCUUCCUCACCCAUCGUUUCAGCCAGCAUAUACCACGCCACACCCACGUCCUGCUGGCCAACAUGUAUUUGUUGGUGCCCCCGAUGCUGAACCCUAUUAUCUAUGGAGUAAGGACAAAACAGAUCCGAGAGAGAAUGAAGAAGGUGCUGUGUAUGUGGUGCACAGUGUGGCCAGUGGAAAUGGGGUCCUUUCCUGGAGUCACAAGAAAAGCAUUUUGGAGGAUCUGUGCAUGGAUGAUGAGAUGUAGUGGUAUUGUAAAUAAAGCAGCUAUGAAUAUUUGUGUACAAGGCUCAGUGCGAACAUAG